AUGUCUUACAAUCAGUAUCCCCCACCUAAUCAACCCCCAUACCCUCCUCACGGGGCACCUCAGGGCUAUUCACAACCGCCAUAUCCGCCCCAGCAGGGCUUCCAGCAGGGCUUCGGCAGUCCCCCUCCCCCUCCGGGUCACUACAAUCGACCUCCUCUGCCCCCUCCGGGACAAGGCGGGUAUCCUCCAGCAUCGGGCUCAGGGUUUCAACACGCUCCGCCUCCACAACCUCCAUACGGUGCUCCUCCGCAUUCUCCAUAUCCACCUCAACAUGGCGGUCCAGGCUACCCUCCAUCCGCAGGAGGAUAUCCACCUCCGGGACCGUAUGGCGCCCCCCAACCUCCCCCGCAACAAUUCCAGGGACCUCCUGCUAUGCCCUCCAUGGGCUACGUUCCGGGUCAGAUGGCACCGGGCGAUUUCCGGCGCGAAGCAGACCUCCUCCGUAAGGCAAUGAAAGGAUUCGGGACGGACGAGAAGGCGCUCAUCCAAGUUCUCGCCAAACUCGAUCCUCUGCAAAUGGCCGCCGUCCGGUCCACAUACAGCAAUCACAUACGCCGCGACCUCUACCGGGACGUCAAGUCGGAAACAAGCAGCUACUUCCGCCAAGGCCUGCUCGCCGUCAUCGACGGACCCCUCAUGCACGACGUCAAUUCCGCGCGCGAAGCAGUCCAGGGCCUCGGCACGAAGGAAUGGCUCCUCAACGACGUUCUCCUGGGCCGGUCAAACGCCGAUCUCAACGCCAUCAAGGCCGCCUACGAGCACACCUUCCACCGUUCCCUCCAAAAGGACGUCGAGGGCGACUUGUCCUUCAAGACGCUGAAUCUCUUCACCGCCAUUCUGCGCGCCACCCGCCACGAGGAGUCCCACCCAAUCAACCCGCAGGUCAUCGAGGAAGAAGCGCGCGCCAUCCACGGCGCGACAAGCGGCCGCAUGGUCAACAACGUCGAUGAGGUCUGCGGCAUCUUCGCCCGUUCGUCGGACAACGAGCUCCGCGCCAUCAACCAGGCGUUCGGCCACCGGUACACCACCUCGCUGGAGAAACACAUCGAAAAGGAAUUCUCGGGCCACAUGAAGGAUGCACUGCUGCAUAUGCUGCACACGGCGCUGGACCCGGCGAUGCGCGACGCAGAGCUGCUCGAGGAAUGCAUGAAGGGCAUGGGCACCAAGGACGAGAAGCUGGUCGUGCGCGUGGUGCGCUUGCACUGGAACAGGCCGCAUCUGAACCAGGUCAAGCGCGCGUACCAACACCGCUUCAACAAGGAUCUCAUUGCCCGCGUUCGCGGGGAGACGAGCGGGGACUACCAGCGACUGAUGGUAGCCUUGCUGGAGUAA